AUGGUUGAAGCAAAAACCGGUGUUGAAUCUUCAAUUAUUGCAAUUGCUAUGUGUGCUAUACUUGCCAUCUAUCUGGUGUUUGGUUGGUGCAAUGAUUUCUUGUGUAAUUUCAUCGCACUAAGCUAUGCAACAUAUACCUCUUUACAAGGUCAAGGAAUUACUGGGGAAAACAUAAUAACUGUGGCCAAUGCAAUACGAGACAACAAGACAUUUAAAACUCUGGAUCUCGUAUGCAAUUCGAUCGGCGGCGAAGGGAUGAAAAUUCUAAUUAAUGCUUUAGAAAAUAAUACGACACUAACCACGCUUAAACUCAGCAACGCAGGUGUCGACGCCGAAGCGGCCCAACAUUUGGCUAAUUUUUUACGCAAUAACAUGACAAUUACCAAACUUCAACUUUUCAACAAUGAAAUCGGAGUGAAAGGGGCUAAACAUCUUGCUGAUGCUUUACGGACAAACAUGACACUGACUUCAAUCGACCUUGGACUGACUAAAAUCGGAGAUGAAGGAACACAACAUUUGGCAGAUGCUUUACGACAUAACAUAGGUCUCACAGAACUCUACAUUCAAGGCAAUGAAAUAGGAGAUGACGGAAUUCAAUAUUUGGCUGAUGCUUUACGAUAUAAUAUGACACUCACUACACUUGGCAUUUUUUGCAAUCAAUUCGGGGAGAAAGGAGCUCGAUACUUAGCUGAUCUUUUAUGUUACAAUGAGACAUUCAAGAAAAUCGAACUUCGUGACAAUAAAAUCGGAAGCGAAGGUGCUCGACAUUUGGCUAAUGCUUUGCGAAAGAACACGACACUAACCACUCUUCAGCUUGAUACCAAUGAAAUUGAAGAUGAUGGAAUUCAAUACCUCGCUGAUGCUCUCAAAAAUAAUAUGACACUCACUACACUUAGUAUCGGCGGCAAUAAACUAGGAGAUAAAGGGAUCGAAUAUAUCUUCAAUGCUUUAAAAAACAAUACGAUACUAACCUCGCUAAGUCUCUCAGGCAAUGAAACGAAAUCCAGCAUCGCCCAGAAUUUGGCUGAUGCUCUAAGCAAAAACAAAACACUCACUACACUCGAACUCGGCUGCAAUAACAUUGGAGACACAGGAGCCCAAUAUAUGGCUGAUGCUUUGAAAAAAAACGCGACCCUUACUAAACUCGAUCUCACAUAUAAUGGAAUUCACGACGAAGGAGCCCGAUAUUUAGCUAAUGCUUUACAAAAGAACACGGUACUGAGAAACCUUGAUCUUCAAAGCAAUUCAAUUGAAAGCGAAGGAGCUCAAUAUCUAGUUGAUGCUUUGAAAAAUAACAGGACACUCACCGAACUUAACGUCAGAGGAAAUUUAGUCGAGGACGAUACUCAAGAACGUAUCAAUGAAACUUUAAAGAAAAAUACCAAAUUGUAA